UACGAUUCCACGCUGACACGUGCGCACGGGCGAUUUGAUUGCGGAGCGCCACUCGCGACUGUCCAACUCGUCGGCUGCUUGCGACGACAGACGCUAUUGCUUUGAUAUAUCCCUCGAUCUGUCGGUUCGAUUUUAGGGAAGAAAAUGAUCGAGAAAAGGUCUCGGAUGCGGUUAUACACCCUUGGACUGAUGCUGGCGAUUAUUCAGAUUGGAUGCGUUGCAGCAAGAGGAACCAAAUAUGUUACUUGUGGAUCAGUCACUAAACUGUUGAACACAGACUACAACGUAAGGCUACACUCACAUGAUAUCAAGUAUGGCACUGGUAGUGGACAGCAGUCAGUUACGGCAGUAGAAACUAAAGAAGAUGGAAAUUCAUAUUGGCUAGUCAAGGCACCAACAGGGAAGCAAUGCGGUAGAGGAAAACCUAUUAAAUGUGGAGACACAAUUCGCCUGGAGCAUGUGGCAACUAAGAAGAAUCUUCAUUCCCACCAUGUAAGUUCACCUCUGAGUGGCAAGCAAGAAGUGUCAGCUUACGGAAAUAAUGGAGAUGGUGAUACAGGUGAUCACUGGAUGGUUGUAUGUCCAAGUGAUUACUGGGAAAGGGAUGAACCAGUUAUGUUGAAACACAUUGAUACUGAAGUAUAUUUGGCUGUGACUGGAAGAACCUAUGGUUCACCGAUAGUUGGCCAGAAUGAAGUAGUUGGCGAAUACUCGAGUAACAGCUACUCACAGUGGCAAGCAAUGGAAGGCCUCUUCAUACAUCCAAAUGACUUUAAAACAUUGCAUCAUGAACAUACUGAACUGUAAUAAUGUUGAUCUUUUAAAUCUCUUUGAUGGUCUCAAAAUAAUCUGCAGUGUGUGAGAUUUUUUUCAGUGUGUACGCAUGAGUGCUAUGUAAAUAUGUAUGUGCUAUAGCAAAAACAGAAAGGUAUCAUUAUUUGUAAAACAAUUUUUACAAUUCAAAAAAAUAAUGAGGUGACAUAUUAUGAUGUGAUUUGAGGGAAGCCAUCGGUGAAGAUGAAUGAUAGAUGAUUUGAUGCGGCUAUGAAAGAAUGACAGAAUGUGACUUAGAUACACUUAAAUCAAGAAAGAGUUGACAUUUGUUUAAAACUUUUAAUUUACAUAUCUUGUAAAUUAUUUAUUACAUAAAUCUGUAUGUAAUAGCAAUCAAUUAUUGACAUUGUCAAUUUAUAUCAUCAACAUUUUAAUAGAGCUUUUCUAUAAUAAAUAUAAUAUUUAUAUGUACAAUCAAA